AUAAUUCCAGAAAAGAGAAAAUCAUAUGGUUGAAAUUAUUCAUAAAAUGAUGUGAACAUAAAACGAUAAACAAAAAUCGGUCUUAAAUGCGAGGUUCUUCCAUGGCAGACUGAUGAAGCAAUUAGCCAAUGGGGAGGGGACUGCCAUUGUUGAUCGGGACACGGUUAGAUAAUCAAAACAAUUAGCAUAUUCUAUUUUAUCCCAAAACACUCAGAUUUUCUUCUUCACUUACGGAUUUGCUUACCUUUGCUCUUUCUCGAUUCUGCUCAUAUUCUGAAACCCCAAAUUCUCUCUCUUCUCUCUCUCUCUCUCUCUCUCUCUCUCUCUCUCUCUCUCUCCUGUUCAUACCUCCACGGACUCGGUCCACUGGACACCGGAUUUUCACCACGGACUUCGUUUCACUGCACAAAUCAUGGAGCUUCAGGAACAUUUCAUUCAGUCCUUUGAUUGACGAGCAUAGAAACUACCUUCUUUGUAUUGUUAAAAGGGGUUUCUUCCUUUUUCAGAGAUUGAAAUCUGAAUCUCACAACCCAAAAAUGGAAUUUCAGGAGGGUUUGAUGAAGUUCAUGAUCCAUAGACACGUCAAACACAACUGGGUUUUGGAGAAGAAUUCUCCACCGGUUGCAGUUUCAGAGAUAACCAGUAGUCCUCGACGGAAAUGGCGGAUCUUCAAUCGGUCUUCUUCUUCCCCAUUUCCUUCGAAACCUCCCCAAUCGAAGGAAAUACCUAAAGAAUUGCUCUGUCCCAUUUCUGGGUCUUUAAUGGCGGAUCCUGUAAUUGUCUCCUCUGGUCACACUUUCGAAGCCGCCUGUGUUCAGGUUUGUAAAGAUUUAGGGUUGAAGCCGACUCUGUUAGACGGUUCCAACCCGGAUUUCUCCUCUGUUAUCCCAAAUCUGGCUCUCAAAUCCACUAUUCUCAAUUGGUGUAAGAAUUCCUCUUCUGAAUCCCCCAAACCCCUCGAUUUCUCCUCCGCUGAAAAGCUCGUUCGUCAAUUCAUGGCGGCCCACACCAAAAGCGAUGAGGAAUUGAUUCAAGGGAUUGCAGAGAAUCCUGUGGUUCGAUUCAACCACGCCGCCACCGAAGUCACUCGUCGGACCUCUCAUUUUCACUCGAGCUCCGAUGAAUCUGUAGGCGCCGCCGUUCAAACUUUGCCUCUUCCUCUCGCGACAAGGCCGAGUUGUUGUUCUUCGUCUUCUUCCUCUGACAUCGAGGUAAUCAGUGAUCUGAACUUGCCCGAGGAAGAAGAGAUCAUCGCGAAGCUGAAAAGCUCUCAGGUUAUUGAGAUUGAAGAGGCUGUGACUGCGCUGAGAAAAAUCACUAGAACUCGAGAGGAUUCUAGGGUUCAUCUCUGUUCUCCUCUGAUUCUCUCUUCUCUGCGAUCUCUCAUCGUCUCGAGGUACACUGGCGUUCAGGUGAAUUCAGUUGCAGCGCUUGUAAAUCUGUCUUUAGAGAAUUUGAACAAGGUUAAGAUUGUAAGGUCGGGGAUUCUCCCCAAUUUGAUCGAUGUUCUGAAAGGGGGUUCACCGGAGGUUCAAGAACAUGCCGCCGGCGCCAUUUUCAGCUUAGCUCUCGAAGACGACAACAAAACCGCGAUCGGCGUUUUGGGUGCUCUGCCGCCAUUGAUACGGCUGUUGGUAUCCGAAUCAGAGCAAACACGGCACGACUCGGCUCUUGCUCUUUAUCACUUGUCGCACGUUCAGAGCAACCGUUCGAAGCUUGUGAAACUUGGGUCGGUGCCGGUCUUUCUCGGGAUGGUGAAAUCCGGCCAUAUGGCCGGCCGUAUUUUACUGAUAUUGUGUAAUUUAGCUGCUUGUUUUGAGGGCCGGGCGGCGUUGUUGGACUCCGGUGCAGUGGAGUGCUUGGUGGGGAUGUUGAGGGAGAACGAGCUGGACACUGAGUCGACUCGGGAGAGCUGUGUGGCUGUCCUGUUCGGACUGAGUUACGGCGGUUUGAGGUUUAAGGGUCUGGCAAAAACCGCCGGAGCAAUGGAGGUGUUCAUGGCGGUAGAGAAAAAUGGAAGCGAGAGAUCAAAAGAAAAGGUGAAGAGAAUCAUGGAGUAUAUGAAAGCCAGAGAUGAGGAAGCUGAGGAUGUGAAUUGGGAGGAGCUACUCGACUCGGGUUGUUUCGGCAGCCGUACUCGGUGUCGAAUCGGUGCCGGAAUGGACAGAUCCACCGCGAACUCGUCGGAGUUCUGAACAGAAACCGUUUGAAUUUGUAAACUUUUUUUUGAUUUGGGUUGUGAAUAUUAUGGAACGAAGCCCUUUUGAUUUGAUUUGAUUUGAUUUGAUUUAAAACUCUGUUUUUCCACUCCUUCCUCUUCAUCCUCUGUUUCUUUUUCUUCCUUUUUCCGGUGAAGAUGCCAAAAUAAAAGCCUUCUAAAGAAGCAACCUCAAAUUUUGUAUGGUGAAAUUUGUGUAUUUGUGUAGUGUGAAAUUCAUUACAAUCUUCAAAACA